AGUGUUAGUUAAUGGAUGAUGUCAUCUGAAAUAACAGUAAACAAUGCUUUACAGCAUUUAUUCAUCUAUGUUAAUUUCUAUAAUAAUUAAACAUUUUCAGCUUUGUAGUUUGAAUGAAUGAGCUAUAGUUUGGAUUGAUUCACUGCUUCGUGAGUUUAUGAAUUAACAAGAAUACUUUUUAUUAUUAAUUACUACUAAUAGUUAUUCAUUCAUUUAUUAUUGAACAAGAACACAGAAGAUGAAAUUGCCCAUUGUUUCUAUGAUUUAGUGUACAGGACUGUAGAAUGAGUCGGAGGAAGAGGAACAGUCGCAGGAGACGGAGUUCCAGCAGCAGUAAACAAUGCAUCUCUCCAUAUAAUUUUCAAAGAUACACUAUGGUGGACACUGUGGAAGUUGCAGAGAAGGGAGAAACUGACUCUUUCUGUAAAGAGCAUGAACUGUCAGUAUCUGAAGAUGAGAAGGAGACUGAGACACCAACCACAGACAAAGAUAAUGGACUUGAGAGUUGCGAAGAUUUCUUCCAGGACAAAAAGAAAAAUGACGGACAAAAGCCAAACUCAGAACCAGUAGAUAGAGGUCCAGGGUUAAAAAUCACACAUUCUGUGACCAUCGAACAUUUUGGAUUGUCUUCUCCGAGAGUUGUGUUUGAACGGUGCCACAAAGCAAUGGUUAGCAGUGUGAUAGCCGUCACAACCACUGAGAUCAAGUGUGUGAGCCCAAAUAUGAAGCUUGAGAUCAAUGAAUUCGUGACAUCAGACGAUUCGAAUUUCAAGACAACCUUUAUAAUUGAAAACCACAGAGAUGAAAGAGAUGAGACUCAUUUUACAACUGAAAAGCAUCAAACUCCAAAAAACACACAUGUCUAUUCAUGGAAUCAACAUGGAGCAGAUUACAAACAAAACAUCAGUGAGAAUAUCAGAUACAAGGUUAGCAUUGCAGAGCUGAAUUCAGAGUCAUCAUCGGACGAACCCGAAGAAACUGCUUGCCGUAAAAGCUGCUGUAAAAACAACUACCGAUGGGGAAGCACAGGUGGCCAAACGGACACAGAUUUCACACUGGUUGAUGGAUCCUCCUGUUGUUCAUCACCCUCUGAUUUUUGGCAACAAUCGAAACAGCGCUCACUGCCCAGCAGUCUCAGUAAUGAGACAUUGUGGGAUAUCCCUCCCCCUGACGAAUUUGCUGAUGAGAAGAGUAAUGCACUGGAUUUUCUUGCAGAAAAUGUUGCAUCUUGUCAGAUCAGUUCAAGAGAAAGAUUUGUUGACCACAACAACACUAAUUGCACACAAACAGCAUCGGAUGUCAACUUGUGCAAAGAGUUCAUGCGCCAGGAUACGUUGGACAACAGGACAAAUGAACCCCGGUGUGAAUCCUCGAGUACUCACGAACAUUUAUUCAUGAACCCAAGAGCUUCAAUAAACAGAUCUUCUUUCACUAAAAACUUCAUCGACAAUCACGAAAGGAAGACGCGCAUGCGCAACAACAGCAUCGCCACCCUAGAAAGCAAAACUCAUCCUGCAGGCUACUUGGAAAUUCCUCCCAAAAGACGAAAAACGUACCCGGGACUGACAUAUCAAAUGAGUCAAGCCAGAGAAAGCAUUCCCUCAUACAGAGAAUCGUUUUCUUCUGGUACACUGUCGUCAUUUUUCAUGCAGUCGCUUCCCUGUCAGGCAGAGAGGAUGGGCAGAUUUUACGUAGAAGAUGAAAGACUUUGUCCAAAUGGGAGCCGCAAAUCUUCCAGUAGCAGCAGCUAUAGACCAAGCUCCAGCUCCACAACUGGUCCCGACUCUUAUAUUCCCAAAUUUAAAGCUUACAGCUUAACAAAGAACCCCUUCUAUCCAUCAAGGUCUGAUGAGAGCCCAGAAGAAGUCUUCUUUAGAGGCGAACAAUAUCAUGGGCCAGCAGAGCUGGAUGAGAUGGAGCAACCGAGCUCUGGUUUGAUGCUCCUUGAUGGUGCAGAUCAAGAUGGUGCACCUGAGCUGAAUGAAGUCAAUGAAAGUGGCUUUGAUGAAGAGAUGGUGGAGUUGGAUGGGUCUAUUUCUCCAGGUGACACCAUGGAGAGACAUCAAAGGGAGCUUCUUAUUCAUGUGAUUCCACCUUCCCUGUGCAACUCUGAGGAACAAAUUGAUGAAGGAUUACCCAACGGUGUCAAGCAUAACAUGUCUGAUGGAGACAAAGUUGAUGCUCCAAAGAAAAGAAGAGGUUCGGUAAUGACAAUAAUUACUGGCGACUGUGAGCAGAGAUUUCUGCAAGGCAACCAUGUCUUCUCAUUUGAUGAGGUGCGUCAGAAAGAUGCGUUGAGCCCUGUGAGUGAGUCUCCUAGUGCGUCUCCAGCCAGCAUCACAGAAGUGGCGGAGGAGCUCCAGGAUUCCUCACAGGCACGAAAAACCACAGUCUCUUCAAACAGUAAGCUAAUCUUACAUAUGGACACAUCCUCUCAAGAGCCUGGAGAAGUGCAACCAAAUGAUCCCCUGCGUAAAAUAAGCACAGAUGUCAAUAGGACAAACAAACUUUAUAAAAAUGACUUGUCUGAUCGGCAAACUGCCUCAAAAAAUUCAUUAGAGGUCAAAGAGCACCUCAGGCCUCCAACAGACUCCAUUCAUAAGGAUUCAGAGGAGCAUUCAGAUCACUGGGCAAGGAGACGCAAGCUUUUCAAGGAAAGCAAACAACGCAGUUCUGCAGGAGGAAGUUCUAUUACUAGCAAUAUCACAGAGGAAUCAGACACAUUGAACUCUGAGGACACUCGUUCAGUGGACAUGUCAAUGCGGGAUAUUGAGGACAGAGGAUUUUACACAGAAACCUUUCACUCAGUAUCAUGGAUAUACCAUGGAGAUGAAGUUAACCAGAAUGAACGUCUCAGUAGCUGUACUCGACCAGCAGCAAUUCGUGAGCGGACGGUAAAAAUCAGCAAAGGGAUGGGCGAGUAUCCCUGGGGAUUCAGGAUUCAGUUCUCCAAACCCAUUGUGGUUACUGAGGUGGACACAAAUGGAGCGGCGGAGGAGGCAGGCCUGCAGGUUGGAGACUAUGUGCUGGCAGUAAAUGGCACUGACGUCACUAUGGUGCCACACUCAGAAGCAGCUGACCUUGCACGGCAAGGCCCAGACAUUUUGACUCUGACUAUUGGCUCGGAUAUCGGACGAAUGCCGAACACUCCUCGACCAGCGUGCAGAGGUUACUUGCACAAGAGAACUCAGUCCAGUUUGCUGAAGGGCUGGAGAAAGAGGUGGUUUGUGCUCAGACACGACUGCUGCCUCUAUUACUACAGAAACAAGCGCGAUGAAGGGAAGAGCCGAGCUCUGUCUGUGGUGAGUCUGGAGGGGGCGCUUGUGGAGGCCGAUAGCAGUUUAGGAAAGCCGUUUGUGUUCAGAUGCCACCCUGUGUCUGGGAACCGAGUUUACUACUUGUGUGCCACAUCAAACCAAGAGAUGAAGAGGUGGCUGGAGGCUAUGGGUAGAGCAGUUCAUCCUAUUACACAGAAUCACGUGUGGGUGGAUGUGACUCGGCACAACUCAAACCUGCCCCCUCUGGCAGUCAAGAACCCAGAAUGCCUUGGGUUACUGCACCAGCUGGACAGAAGCAAGGACUCGUGGGUGCAGCAUUACUGUGUGCUUAAAGACGGAUGCCUAUAUUUCUACGCCAGCAUUCGCUCAACCUGUGCAAUAGGAGGAAUCUACCUGCAUGGCUACACAGUGAGGGACCAGCCAGUGGGAUCCAGAAGAUCUGCCAUUGAGCUCAGACCUCCUUCUGAAGAGUUUAAAGUGUUCUUUCUCUGUGCAGAAAAUGCAAACGAGAACAAACGAUGGAUUAGCGCAAUAAAAUCAUCUACAUCAAAAUGGCUGCCAUUGCAUCAGGCAAUUCAGGACUACAUGAGUCGCCCAUCAGAGGAAACAAGAAUGUGACUACAGGCACAACCAUGUGUUCAAACCAUAGCGUGACGAUCUCCUAAUUUUUUCUUAAAAUUAGGUCUGUGAAUUUCCAGUCAUUGUGCGCGAUAACAACUUAAGUUACCUAACUGUAACUUAGAGUUUAUUAGAAGACUUCAGGCUAGUUUAAUCAUGACAGGUUAGUAGCUUGGGUCUUGGUGGACUACAAGAGCAUCACUUCGUCCUCAAAAGUGACCAGGUUGAUGAUGGUGAAGCUCUUAUGCCUAAAUGGCUCUAAUGCAUAGCCUUACAGACGCAUGACGCCAAAUUAGCAUUGUGUGCAAUAUCAGGAAGUUUAGCUGUACAGUGCUAAAACAAAUCAGAUCUUUUCUGUUUUGAUGUUGAACCGAUCUUGCGUUUGGCUUUGACGUGCAUUUGCUUAUUUACCAAAAACUAAACAAAAAAUUGAUAAUCGAGAGGUGUGGAUACAAACAAAGCUAACAAUUUAACAAAUUGAAAUUACAAUGAUCAAAUCGUCUAGUGUAAAUAUUCAUAAUGAAACCUAAAAUAAGUAAUAAUAAUAAUUUCCAAGUGCUUUUUUGACAGUGCAGCAGUAUCAAGUGCAUGAAGUUGUCAUGGCAACCUGUGCAGUGAAGGCAGCUGGAAGCAUAGAAAUAUAGGUAGAAACCUCAGAGUCACAUCAAACUCUUUUUUUUAAAUUCUCUCAGUCUUUCAUUUUAAAUUAUGCUUAUUUUAGGUCCACUUAACCAUUCUGAUGUUGCAUGUUUCUUUGCAUUCAGACGAGAGGUUAAGAAAGAAAUACAUCUGUGAAUACAUCUGCUAAUUAUGUAAAGACACUGCCAUUAUUAUUGCAUAUAGCACACAUUUUCUUUAAGGCCAGUUCUUUCAGACCUUUAGUCCUCUUAAAAUAGGAUGCAGUGAAGUAUUUAAAUUCUUGUUUUAGCUCAAUUUAUAGCAUUAUUAUGACUUCUUUGUAUAACUAAUGACACAUUUAUGUUUUUUUUUGUAUUAAUAUUUGUAUUAGUAUGGAUGUUCUUCCAGUUUACAGUUUAUAAGAUUUUUUUACAACCUACAGUGAGGGAACAUUUAUACUUGGUCACUUCAUUUAUUUGAAUUCAUUACAUUAAUCGUUCAUUUAUGUGGGCUGAACAGCAGAUUCAUUACACUUGGCUGAAAUGCACUUCAGAUUGCAUUCACCUAAUGACUGAAUAACUAUCUGACCUGUAAAACACAGGUAGUGACCAAGUGUAAAUAUCCUCUAAUGAUUUCCCUAGAAUUGGAUGUAGUCUGUUCAUUUAAGUGCUUGUAUUGCAUGUAAAUAGCCAAUGAAGCUUGCCAAAAUACAGACUUGCAUUAUGUUCUACCUCA